UCGUCCGUCUGUCGUCCGUCCAUCUGAAACACAACAACAUGCCGUCGCUGCUUCUCCACAUCUUCUCCUGCCUCUGUGUCCUCACAGCGCUGCCCUGUGUGUCCCGAGCCACCAGGGAGACGGUGGUGGGCACAGCCGGGCGGAGGGUGACGCUGCCGUGUCGGUCGGAGGCCGUGAAGCGGAGCGGUGUGGAGGUGUGCUGGGGGAGGGGGGAGCCGUCCCUCUUCACCUGCCACAACAUCCUGAUCAACAUGGCCGGAGAAGACGUCUCAUACAGGAAGUCAGACAGGUUCUCUCCAUCCUCCACCUCCUCUCUGUCCAUCUUCCCCUCUCGUGCAUCAGACUCUGGGUUCUAUCACUGCAGAGUUCAGCUGCCCGGUCUGUUCAACGACCAGACCGCCACCAUUCACCUCAUCGUCCUCAGCCCUCGCUCUCCGGCCGAGGACGCAGAGGACACAGAGGACACCAAGGACCUGGACGCCCCGGACACUGCCACCGGUGACACAAUACAAAGUCUGACAGAGGAACAAGGAAGUGAGGUCACCAACCCCACAGAGCCAAUGGUGGCGCUGGUUCAGUCACCUGUUCAGCAGCCAGUGACCAGUUUCCAGACGUUCAUUGGAAACACACUGAGACUGGCGUUCAUCAUCUUCAUCCCCAUGUCGCUGCUGACUGCUGCCUACAGAGUGUGGAGGUGGAGCCAGAGACCAGAGGCUGACAGGGGGCUCAGCCAAUCAGAGGAGGAGGAGGGACACACCUCAGUGUAGACACUUGAGACCCGUGUUUGCUUGGUUACCUGAGUCACCUGAGUUUCCUGAGUUUCCUGAGUUUUCAGACAGGAUUUUGCAGAGUGUAGUUGUUUAUCGCUGUGGUUGUUUUAAUAAACAUUCUUUACGUUCUCUGUAUGAAGAUAUUGUUCGUUCUAUGUUUGUUUGUAACCUCAUGUAUAACAAGUAGAAACAGUUUUUUCAAACAUUCAAACACCAGGGGGCGCUUGAAACCCUGAAAUAAAGACCU